GGCUGGCGAGAAAGGCAAGGGGAUGAAGCUCUGGCGGGGUUGAAGGGGGGCUCCGCCACUCCCGUUGAAACAGGGAAAGGAACGGCAGCCUCGUCACUUCACUCCGAUGGGGUAUACUUAGGAAGAGCUUAUAAUGGGAACAGAGGAGGAGGAAGAUGGAAUGACACUUUCUAAUCUAUAUGGCAUUUCUCCUUGCGAAGGAGGAGAUGGCGACGAGAGUUCUGUGGAUAUUUAUGAUGGCUUAGACAGCACUCCAGUUGUUUCUAUCAAUUGUGCUACAAAAGUGCCAAUCAGAAGUAGUUUAAACCUAUUUGAUGAAAUCCUGAUUGAGGAAGAAACAGCCAAGGAAGCUACUUUCAAUGAAUUGCAGGCUGAACAUGAGAAAUGUAAGCAACAACUUCAAGAGUUGACGAAGAAGCUUCAGGAAAUACAAGAACAGAAUUCUCUUCUAAAAAGUGAAAAUCAGUCCCUUAAAAAGAAUAUUUCAGCACUUAUCAAAACAGCUAGAGUGGAAAUUAACCGCAAGGAUGAAGAAAUCAGUAAUCUGCAGCGAAGGUUAAUGGAAGCUCCAGUUCAUCAGAGUACCUACAGUAGAACAUAUACAAGGAACUUCGAAGGAUCAAAACCAAAAAAUAAAUCCAGAGAUUUCAUUCCAGAAAAUAAUUCAAAAGCAGAUCCUAAAAGUAAACAAGAAUUAGCCAAAGAUGUAUCUCAUAACUAUUCAUCUUGGGAUACAGAAAAUAAGAAAUUUCAUUUAGAAAAAAAAGAUACUUCUUAUAUAUCUCAAUCUCAUCCUGAACAGCUUCACAGAGAUGGUGUUCAAACAAAGCUGAUAAAAGUUGACAGCUCUUGUGAUAAAGAAAAGGGGAAGAGGGAAAUGAAAGAUAAUGAACAUUAUAGUAAGGAUAAUGACUGCAGAUACAAAAUAAAAACAUACAGAAAUGUUGGAAGUCCUGUUGAUGGCAUAGUGGAUGCUCCUGGAAAGUCACAAGUUAACCCAGAAAAAUUAAUCAGAAAUGGACUGUGGAAAGAUAGAAAAGACUUAAAAGUCAAAAGCAGUUGGUAUGAAGAAAAAAGAACCGAUAAUGUCUCUUCUACUAAGGAAAAACAAUCAGUUCCUAAGGACAAAUUAAUGCUUAAAACUGAACACAUUAGUGAUGAUAGGGUUGAAAAAUUACAAAUCAUAAACCAGAAGGACUUAAAAACACAGAACAAAGAGGAAAGCAGUAGUAGACAAAAAAACAGACAACCCAAUAGAUAUGUAGAACAACAAAGAACUGGUAAAGUUACUAAUCCCCCCGAAAAUAAUACACUUGUCAGAAAUCCUAAAGAAUUAAGUAAAGGUUACAUAGAGGACAAUAAAAUAAAACAUACUGAUUGUAGGAAAAAUAAAGGAACAGAUGAUCCUGGGCUCCAAGGAGGGAAGUCAUCAUUGCCACACAGUUCUAAUAGAGAGAGAAAACCUAGUAACUCAAAGGAAGAUAGCAGAAAAUGUGAAUUUGAACGCACCCAUUCAAAAUCAGAUAAAUAUCGAACAGAAGCAGAAAGGAAAAAUGAAAGAGACAAACCUAGAGAAAGCAGAAAUUCUCGAACUGAAAGACGAAAUUCAAAAGAAACUCCACAAAAGAUAGUAAAAGAAAACAUUAAGAUAAAAGACAGUGUGAAGAGAGAGAAAAAGAAAUCCUUUCCACCCAAAGAAAUUGCCAAGAUAGUUGAGGUUAUGGACAAGCAGAUGCCCACUAAGAUGGAAAGGGAUGAAGAGCAAUCAAAAAGCAAAGACUUAAAAUUGAGCUUCAUGCAGAAACUAAACUUAACUCUAUCACCUGCUAAGAAACAGACAGACAAAUCCAAAAUAGCAGCAGAGACUACUAACGAAUGUGAGAUGGAAGGUCCAAGUCAGGAAAUAAUAUUACUACCCACUGAACCAACUAAUGCCACUAGCGAAGCAAAAAUGCCUUUGGGACCAAUCCAUAACAGUCCCCUUCAAACCAAUUUGGAAAAAAUAGCAUAUGUUUCUGAGAUCAAAGCAAAUCAGCCAAAUGAGACUCCAGCAGAAAUUUUGGAUAUUAAGCCACCUAAAGCAUCCCCACAAAAUGCAACACUGCAGCAUGAAUUGAUUGGUAAUGAGAAACUCCUCCAUCCUCCUGAGAUUGAGAUGCAGGGAUCUGAGGAAAUAUGUGUGGCACCUAGCCUAGCAAAUCCCAUGGAUCCAGAUACACUGUUAGAUCAUUCUUUCAAUGACCUGGAGACUGUAAGUUCUGUAGAUUUUGAUACAUUUAGUGUAAUAGAUGAGAUCAAUGGGACGGAUUCAGACUCAUCCAUGACAAAAGAAGAAUCCAGUAAUUGUGCAGAUAAAAAGAUCUUGGAGUGCUCUGAAAAAGAAAGCAUAUCUCCUCUUCAUAAGACUACUAUAGAAGAUGAUAAAAUACUAUGUGUAAAUAUUUCAAUAACUGACCAAAAAGCUGAAAAUUCGAAUCCAAGCUUUCCUGAUCAUGGAAACCAAAUGGAAUCAUGCAAUAAAGGGUUAAAUGCUACAUCUCAGACAAGAGACUCAAAUCCAGUUUCAGUUGAUGAUGAUAACUCAGUACUGAGCAUUGAUCUAAAUCAUAUGAGGUACAUCCCAAAAGCAAUCAGCCCUCUUAACAGUCCAAUACGACCCUUGGGUAAAAUCUUCAGAAUGGAAAGCUCUUACAAAGGACCCGUGACAACUUAUAAUACAGAUGUUGCUCCAGAUAGUGCAGUUGUUUAUCUGGGGAGGAACCAUUCAAGUGAACUCAACAAAGAAAAUCAAAAGCCACUUUGCAGUGAUCACCAAAUCUUAGAAGAGUCUCAGCUAAGCAUGUCUUCAGAUGAAUUAGAAGAAGGAGAAAUUGUAAGUGAUGCUGAUGAUGAACCUAAAAUAGAAAGGAAAUCUGAAAAUAGUAAAAAAUUGAAAAGAAAAACAUCUCCUGAGAGAUCUAAUACAUCCAAGAAUACAUGCAACCACAAGGCCAAAUAUGUACCUUCCAACGAAGGUCCUGGAAAAUUGGCCUCUGGGAAAAAAAGUAAAGAAAAGCCUAAAGAUGGAACCGCAAUCUUCUCAAAGGAAAUGAAGAAAAAUAAAGCUGUGAGCAUUGAUUGUCUUGAAAAAAUAGUUCAAAUUACUGCUGAACCUUCUACUCUACAUGAAUUUAUGCAGAUGCUCAAAGCUAUAAGAAAACAAGUACGGAAAAACUAUAUGAAAUUUAAGAUACAGUUUCCAAUACAGCAGUUUCAUAAAAUAAUAGAUUCAUCAGUUCUGAAUUUUACAUCUUUGGUAAAAUAUAUUGACUUCUCUAAAAUGUGUAAAUCAAAUGAGGCCAUAAAGAUAAAUCUCUGUGAAGUUAUAGAAUCUGAACUCAGUCAGAUUAAAAAAAAUACUGCAAUAGAAUAUCUAUUUGAGAAGCAACAAUCAGAUAUGAAGAAAAAAUUGUGGAAACUUGUGGAUGAACAACUUGAUUUUCUGUUUGAUAAAAUAAAAGAAAUUCUCCUAAAGCUGUGCAAUUUGAUAAGUUUGGGAAAUGAGAAUGAUGAUAGUAAGCGUGGCAAAAGAAGGAAAGAAAGCUCAAAAUACCUUGUCAAUAAUAAAAUUGACAGACAGAAAUCAAAGAAACCAGGCUUAAAUGCUAGAAUGAAAAAGCUGGAAGAAUGUGUCCUUCCAAAACCAGUUAUAGGUAACUGUCUGUCUAAGGCAGAUCACCAGGAAACAAAUAAAAUAGCUACCCACAAAAAUAUAGUUACAAAAUAUAAAUAUUCCCAUACAGAUAGCACAACACAUUCUCACCCUGAAAUUGCACAUUUUAAGCAGAAUUCCACAGAGGAUACUGCUUUGAAAACUGGAAAAUACGAAAAGGAGGGAUUGGAUAUGAUUGGAGAUCCUCACAAAUCUGAUAUCAGCUGUGGACCUCUAACAGAACAACAGAUGUCUGGGCUGACAUUCAAUUUAGUUAAUGACGCUCAAAUGGGUGAAAUGUUCAAAAGUUUAUUACAAGGCUCUGGCCUUUCAGAAAAGAGCGUUGACUUCAUUGAUGAAAAUCAGUGGGAAUUCAGAACACCAGAAAAACAAAUUCCAGAAGGUCAGAACUGUGGAAAUAAUCCUGCAUAUGAGACUGAAGAAACAAUUUCAAAGGAAAUCCAGGUAGAAUCAAGAGUACUUGAUGGCAUUAAGUGGCCCAUAGUUUCACCUGAAAGAGAUUCAACAUUUUUAGCUAGAUUGCAAAUGCCCAUUGAUCCAAAUAUUCUAGAUGAAAGCUGUAUGUUUGAAAUUCCUACUAGCCCUACCUUGAAGAAAGGUGAGGUAUGUGUUUUGGAAAAACCAAAAUCUCUUGUUUCUUCUAUUCUUUUGGAAGACCUAGCAGUGUCAUUGACUAUUCCCUCUCCUUUGAAGUCAGAUGCUCAUCUUAGUUUCUUGAAACCUGACGUAUUUGGAUCAGUUCCUGAAGAUGUUCUAAAUGCACACUUCAGUGAAGAUGCUCAUCUAGAAGAGGAGGAUGCUUCUGAACAAGACAUCCAUUUGGCUUUGGAAUCUGAUAAUUCAAGCAGUAAAUCAAGCUGUUCUUCAUCAUGGGCAAAUAUCCCUGCUGCUCCUGGAUUUCAGUAUUGUCCAAGCCUUCCAAUGCAGGCAGUAAUAAUGGAGAAAUCAAAUGAUCACUUUAUUGUUAAAAUAAGGCGUGCUGCACCAUCUACCUCUCCCACUGAUCAAACAGCCAUACCAGAUGAACCACUGAUCUCUGUCAUUGAAAAAGAGAAGGAUGAAAUUAUGUAUGAAGAAAAUCUUGGUACUUUAACUUCCCAAAGUAUCCCUUCAGGAGAGAUAAAAAUGUCUAAAGAAGUUAUAAAUACUGAUGACUCUCAAAAAAAAGUGGAUAACCAUAUUAUGGAAAAGCAGGUUUCUAACUCAUUGGAACUUGUGAAAAAAACAUCUGUCUGUCUUGAGACUGAUUCAGUUCCUGACUUUUUUGAACCUCAGCAAGAAUUCCAUCCUGGUGGUGAUGUUAAUACUGUAGAAUCCCUGCUUCAUAAAAACAGACAAGAACAAUCCUGUAGCAUCUCUGAAUUUCAAAGGCCAUUUUGUAAUACAAGCCAAACUCAAGGCCCUAAUUUGCUUGCUUCCAAUCAGGCAUUGCAUAAUGAUGCUGCCUCAGAAAGACAACCUGACUUGCAAGACCCUCCUGAGGAACUAAGGAUAUCUGCAGUGUCUUUGGGAGAACCCUCAAAUAAAAUAAGUCAAAAUGCAGGUGCACCCGAGGUUUUUAAGCUUCCUCAAACAAUCCCCAUGAAAGUGUUCCAGGAACAAAAUAUACCUUGUGCUAAAGUAAAGGAUUUCCCAGUUAGGUCAAUAGUAGUUCCACCUGUGGAACAGCUAUCCUCUCAGAAUCAUUUUGAUAUACAUAUGGGCUUAACUGAUGAGACUCCUACGGAAAAUAAACUUAAUUCACAAGAUCUCACAGAACAGUCUGCUUUAAAUUGUAGAAUGAGAAGCUUAUGUAAAAAUCAAGAGAAACAUAAAGCAGAUAGUCAUUGUGAAGUAGCUGAUGUGUCAAAGACUGAUGAUGAAGAAAACGUAAAUCAGCUAGACAUAUCUACAAGAGAUGGCAAUUUUGAAAAAAAUAUUACUCUUAAUAUGGAUGGUCAAAGAUGUCCAAUUAAAUUUGACAAAGAAAGCAAAAAAAGGAAAAAGGAAACAGAAGAAGCAUCUAGUGCAAAAAAGCAAAGAAAGGAAAGUAAUGAAUUAACUUUUAAAAAAACUGGCAAAAAUAGCAAAAACUCAAAAGAGAGAACUUCUGUAGCCUCAAGUUCACCCAGUACAAAGCCAGCCUCAGUCAGGGACAAAGAUCUAUUAUCCUCAGCAUCUUUUAUGUCACCAUCAAAUCUAUGUGCCAAAAAUAUCAUUAAGAAGAAAGGAGAAGUUGUAAUUUCAUGGACAAGGUAAGAAUACUGAAAAAUGAACUACAGUUUUGACUAGGAGAGUGAAAGUGCAAUAGAUCGAGAUUAUGUUUUGCUUUCUAAUACACCACAUCAUGGGCAUUAGCGCUGCUUACUCCUAAUUAAAGGAUUUUGGAAUGCUGAAUAAGAAUGCAUUCCCAUUGUAGAUCUCAUUAAACAUUAUGGCAUUCCUUGGUAAUGAGUGCAUAGCUAUCAUUUACUGCAGGCUCAACUUCUUUAAUCUUUGUUCUGGCAGAGAUAGAGUAAAUAUGCAGUCUUCCAUUACUUGCUAUGAAAAUUGUAUAAGCUGAGAGAGGGGAAUUUAGAAGCCACUCUGAACAUAUGGUACAAAAUUGUUCCCUCAUCUGAAUAAUAGGGAUGUGUAGUUUGUAUAUUGCAUUGUGUAUAUCUGUAACAGCCAGUUUCCAUCUGGAAAUGUCAGCAUUUUACAAUUGAGCAUAGUAGAACAAGUCAUUAUCAAUGCAUUUGCAACAUUUAUUAUCCUUAGUUCAAAAAAGACUCUCAAAUCAAGUCGUAAUGAAAACAAAUGCUAAAGGAUUUUUAAAAAAAGACCUCAAAAUGAUAAAUGAAAAAGCCUUUGCCUAACAGUUGAAAGUUGAAAACAGUGAUGCUGAGGCAUGGAUCUUUGAGCAGAGCAUUAUGUGAAUCUUUUGGUCCCAGCCUCUGGUUCUGCAUCUUUAGAAGGCAAGGGCAUUCCACAGAGACAUUUAGAAAAUUAAUUCAAGUGCAUGAAGAAAUAAGCAGUCUUAGUCAUGCAUGCUUUUCCCAGAAGGUGGGCUAUUAUAUCUGUGGCGGCUUUCUUAAAUAGACCCUACAAAUUAUUGUUUUGCAAAUGGUGCUAGAAAGCUCUAGCAGCUCUCUCCCUUGCACAAGUAGUUUCUAGAGGCCCCUUUAGGAAUCUGAGACAUUGAAGUAUUUUACCUAUGUAGCCUAUAUGUUGUUGGACAGUAAAUGGAAAAUAUCUGAAGAGGAGAGAGGAUGAAACAGAAUGACCACCAGGAAAUUAGUGAAAUAAAAGAACAAAUAUUGAUUGCUUAGAUAACCUGUAGUUAUGUAAUUUGUCAUUGAAUUGAUUUUUUUUCUUUUUCUUAUUGGUUAUAGCUUUUAUAUUGCAUACAUGACUAACUCAGAUGUUCUAGAGGUUCAAAUCUGCCAGCCAGUUUCUGCUCAGAGGCCAUAGUCUUAACUCUUCACUAAAAAGUAUUUCUGAAUUUGACUUUUUAUCAGUUCUACCUCAAUUGAAUGCUAAAAUUGGAAAUAGUUGUAAUACUUUAGAUUUUGUUGUUGUUGUUCAGUCGUU